UGGACAAGCGUGGCGAUAUAAAAAUCGCGUCCGUGCCGUCGGGGCGCAAACAGUCAGUUUAUCACGAUGUGGUGGCUGGAAGGGCUUAGGUCGGGGAUGGGCCGUCUGGAGAUCCUGUUGCUUGUUUACACCUUGCUCUGCUCUCUCGGAGAUUGCCUGUUUGUAACUGACUAUUUCACCCGGACGCCUCGCAAGCUCAACGCAUACCGCUCAUUUGCCAGCGUGGAGCUGUUCCACUUCAACGUGCCUGAAGACACCGUGGUGGCUGUUUGGAACCUCAUCACCUUCAAGGAGCAGGGGGGCACUUUCGGAGACAGCUGCCCAGACCGCAACGUGACAGUGUACUUCAGGUCAGGAGCUCCACCUGUAAUCAACCCCCUCCAGACACGUUUUCCAAAGGACACUAUUGUACCAGGCUCCUUCGCUGUCACUUUGACAUGGACGCUGCCCAACCGCACCACAGGGGUUUUCAAUGUCACCAGCCCCCUCCCAGGAGACUGGUUCCUGGCUGCACACUUACCAAAGGAUAAGGGGAAGAUCUCAGUCAAGGGUCUUCUCGAGGAAUGUCAGUACCUCUUUCAACCUCAGCUCAUUGUUCAGAGGCUCAUUGGGAUUUCAGUGCUGUAUCCUGGUUACUUCAUUGACCAGAUGAUUCCUCUUCAUAAUAGAUCUGUACUCUACAAAGUGUUCAUCCCAAACUACAUCUCUCGGGUGAAGGUACAGCUUGUGGACUGCAAUACAAAGAACAAAAGUGGGGAGAGCUGUCCGGUUUUGUUGAAAAUCCGCUCGAGGGCCCCGCCGGUGCAUAACUCUAGCGCCGUGGACUGCAGAGAGAAUGUUCCCUGUGAGCUGGAGGUCCCUCUGCCAUCCUGGGAGCAGUGGUACUAUAUUUUGGUGGAGCGUUACCUCAGUAGCUCAGAUGUGUACUUUCGCAUUGGCGUUCAGGUUAAAGACUGUUCCAAGCCCAGCGUCUCCAAAGGCUCCUCAGCCAUGAACAUGCCCCAGUCAUUUGGCACUGCGAUGGGGUUCUCUCUGUCAGAUACCCUGCCGGCUGCCAGCCUGCCUAACGUGCCACAGAACCCUUUGGAUCAAGGAUCGCUGUUAACUGCUGAAGAAAGCAUCACUUACUUAGCACCCAUGGCAGACACAAAUAAAUGCUGGCCCAUCCGGCCAACGCUGCGGAAUGAACUGGACACAUUUUCAGUUCAUUUCUACAUCUUUUUUGGACCCAACAUCUCCAUCCCUCCAGACCGGGCAGCGAUAUUUGCCAUCAACCUAAUGCCGGUGCUGGACAGUGGAGGUGUCCUCAACAUGGAGCUCAAACUCAAUGUGUCUUCAGUGAGAGGAGAGAAUAUUACGAUCUUUGGCUGCCUGAAUCAUGGGAUGCCGCUGUCCCUUCACAACAACACGUCAGUCUCAUGUGAAUCUGAGUCAGUUUCAGGAUUUCAUCUCUCCAUUAACACCACCACAAAUAUCACCAAGCUGAGGAUUCCCUACCCACAGACUGGCACGUGGUAUCUGAGCCUGCGGUCCCUGUGUGCCACUGAACACGGGUUUGAAAUGUGUAAUAAUGUGACAGCUGAGGUGUAUCUUCGCUCUUACCUGACCCCCUGCAUCAAUGACUGUGGCACCUAUGGCCAGUGCAAACUCCUGCGCACCAACAACUACCUGUAUGCUGCAUGCGAGUGUAAAGCAGGUUGGGAUGGCUGGGGCUGCACGGACAACACAGAGGCGUACUCAUACGGCUUCCAGCUGCUCUCAACUCUUCUUCUGUGCCUCAGCAACCUGAUGUUCGUCCCACCUGUGACCAUCGCCAUCCGCAGUCAUUACCUGCUGGAGGCGUCUGUCUAUAUAUUCACCAUGUUCUUUUCCACUUUUUAUCAUGCCUGUGACCAGCCAGGCAUUGUGGUCUUCUGCAUCAUGGAGUACGACGUGCUGCAGUUCUGUGACUUCCUCGGCUCGCUCAUGUCUGUAUGGGUCACUGUCAUCGCCAUGGCCAGACUCAAAUCCAUUAUCAAGCAGGUGCUGUACUUGCUGGGGGCGAUGGCUCUGUCAAUGGCCUUACAGCUGGACCGCCAUGGCCUGUGGAACCUUCUGGGCCCCAGUCUUUUUGCUUUAGGCAUCAUGGCCAUCGCCUGGACUGUGCGCACCAUCCGCCGGCGCCGCUGUUACCCGCCAACCUGGAAGCGCUGGGUCUUUUUCCUGUUCCCUGGCACCACCAUUGCCACAUCAGCGGUGGCCUUAUACGCCUUUGUGGAGACGGAGGAGAACUACUUCUACAUCCACAGUAUCUGGCACAUGCUCAUCGCCGGGAGCGUCGGCUUCCUUCUGCCGCCUCGUGCCAAACCUGACGUUAAAGUCACUCCCCUGAAGCGGCGGCGAGGCUGUGGCUACCAGCUCUGUGUGAACGAGCAUGAGGAGAUGGGACUGGUGGACCCAGCAAUCAUUACCAUCAACAGCAUAUGCACCAGCUGAUGAUGUUUGGCACCAUGGACUUUUAUUUGCCUUUCUUCUUCUUCCUUUGGAAUAUAAAAACAUGGAAAACAAAGCCAGAGAACUUACUGAUGCACUGUAAAUAACUUUUGACCGAAACACACACACACACACAUAUACGUCAACGUUUUUUGUCAUUGUUAUUUGAAUGACUAUUAUCGUUAAUAAUAUCGUUUGCAUUGUUAGUAUCUGGGAAUGGUUUGUGUCAGUACACCGAUGCACUGUU